CUCUCCAGCAACACCAUGUCACUCUCAGUGCGCACCUCUGGGCUGCCCCGGGGGCUGUCUUCCCAGAGCAGCACGUCGGGCAGAGCCUGGGGCAUGUCUGCUUCCAGUGCUGGAAGUGGCUAUGGGGGAAGUGGCUAUGGGGGAAGCACCUUUGGCUUGGGAGGCAGCUGCGGGGGAGGCUUUUCUGCUGCUUCCAUGUUUGGCUCUAGUUCUGGCUUUGGUGGUGGCUCUGGAAGUUCCUGCGCAGGAGGACUGGGCGCUGCUUACGGGGGGGCCCUGGGAGGUGGCUUUGGAAGCCUGGCGACGGGACUUGGGGGAAGCCCAGGAAGUGGCUCUCUAGGUGUUCUCUCUGGCAAUGACGGAGGCCUUCUGUCCCGAUCAGAAAAGGAAACCAUGCAAAAUCUUAAUGACAGAUUAGCCUCCUACCUGGAUAAGGUCCGAGCUCUAGAAGAGGCUAAUACUGAGCUGGAAAACAAAAUUCGAGAAUGGUAUGAAACACGAGGAUCUGGGACUGGAGACCCCGGGUCACAGAAUGAUUACAGUAAAUAUUAUCCAUUGAUUGAAGACCUCAGGAAUAAGAUCAUUUCUGCCAGCAUUGGGAAUGCCCAGCUCAUCUUGCAGAUUGACAACGCAAGACUGGCUGCUGAAGACUUCAGAAUGAAAUAUGAGAAUGAGCUGGCCCUGCGCCAGAACGUGGAGGCCGACAUCAACGGCCUGCGCAGGGUGCUGGAUGAGCUGACCCUGGCCAGAGCCGACCUGGAGAUGCAGAUCGAGAACCUCAAGGAGGAGCUGAUCUACCUGAAAAAGAACCACGAAGAGGAGCUCCAAAGCUUCCGAGCGGACGGCCCAGGCCAGGUCAGCGUAGAAAUGGACGCUGCCCCCGGAGUGGACCUCACCAGGCUCCUCAACGACAUGAGGGCGCAGUAUGAAGCCAUCGCUGAGCAGAAUCGUAAGGACGCGGAAGCCUGGUUCCUUGAAAAGAGCGGGGAGCUCAGGAAGGAGAUCAGCACCAACACCGAGCAGCUCCAGUCCAGCAAGAGCGAGGUCACCGACCUGAGGCGCGCAUUUCAAAACCUGGAGAUCGAGCUCCAGUCCCAGCUCGCCAUGAAGAAAUCCCUGGAGGACUCGUUGGCCGAAACUGAGGGUGACUACUGCGGCCAGCUGUCUCAGGUGCAGCAGCUCAUCGGCAGCCUUGAGGAGCAGCUGCUCCAGGUGCGCGCGGACGCCGAGCGCCAGAACGCCGACCACCGGCGGCUGCUGGACGUCAAGGCCCGCCUGGAGCUGGAGAUCGAGACCUACCGCCGCCUGCUGGACGGCGAGGCCCAGGGUGAUGGUUUGGAUCAAAUUUCUUCUGUGACAGAUUCCAAAUCUCAAGCACAGUCAACCGAUUCCUCCAAAGACCCAACCAAAAGCCGAAAAAUCAAGACAAUUGUGCAGGAAGUGCUGAACGGUGAGGUGGUCUCCUCUCAAGUUCAGGAAAUUGAAGAACUAAUGUAA